ACCAGCCCCCUUUACCCGUACAAGGCGACUGUUUUGUGCCUGUGUGGACACCAUGGUUUGGGAGGUGGUGACCCCAGCUGUGCCGUCCAGUGAACCCAUACAUCACAACAUGCGGCGUUCUGAGCCUGAGGGUGAACACACAGGAGUGAUGAUGGAUGCUGAUGGAGACCAAUCACUGCUCUGCUGUGAGGAACGCCUCCCCUCCUCACCUGGCUUCCCCACCAGUGACAGUUACAUGGAAUACGACGACCUCCCAGACCUGCAGGAGGUUCAGGAGGAGGCGGAGCCAACAGCACCACCUGUCUACCAGGUGGACAUGGCUGUGUCCCACCAGGAGCGACGUGCGCACGCCCAGCCUCCUGACACACACUGGCUGACUCAGCUGGCUCACAUCGCCACCGGACCUCAGAGCCCACUGCUACAAGAGUCUCCUCACAGCAGCUCCUCUUCGGUCUGCCUCUCCAGCGCCAGCAGCAAUCUACAUUCCUACUCUCGGCCUCCUCCCCCUCACCCCAGCAGCACCCCGUCGGCCCCCAGAGGUCAUGGCAGGGAGCGUCGGCGCACCAGGAAGAGCAGCGAAUGUGGUUCUGCAGUGUCGACCAGAUCCUCUCUGUCCGAUGACGAAGACAUGGGCUGGAGCUUCUCCUGUCCACCCACGGCCUGGCACUGCUUUCUCAAAGGCACUCAUCUGCGCUUCCACCGCGGCUCUAACGUGGAGUGGCAGGACGUCGAGGACCUGGACUCGGCUCAAGAAGACUCCGGUGAUGAGGAACAGCCCAGAUCUCUGAAGAGUUACGGCUCUGAGGGUCUGCAGCUGGUGGAGCAUUCAGAGAUCGUGUUGUCCGGUCAGGCUGUCCUACAGCUGACCUUUGACCCCGGGGCAUUCGAACAUGCGCCCGUGACCGCCCGGUGCCAACUUGAUCACCCCUUCUACGUAAAAAACAAAGGGUGGACGUCAUUUCACCCGAGCUUGACCGUGGUGCGUUAUGGGAUACCGUGCUAUGAAAUGGAGGUGGGAGAUGUGUGCCUUCCUCCAGGACACAGAGAUGCCAAACACACUGACGACUCACUGGUCUUUGACACAUUCAAGAGUUAUGAUUUCACUCCUCUGGACUCCUCUGCGGUGUACGUGUUGAGCAGUAUGGCCAGACGGCGGCGCGCCUCGCAGUCCAGCGGAGGAGCCGUUUCUCCAGAUAGAGACACAUUACAAGACACCCCGAGUCCAGGUCACUCCCACUCUCCUCGUCAAAAGCCAACCAAAAGCCAGCAGGCCAGCACAGCAGGAAGUAAUAAUGCCACGCCCAAUAGGUGCAAGCGGCCAAUGAACGCCUUCAUGCUGUUUGCCAAGAAGUUCAGGGUGGAGUACACACAGAUGUACCCAGGCAAGGACAACAGAGCGAUCAGCCGUCCUCCUUGGGGAGCAGUGGAAGAAAAUGCGAAGUGAGGAGCGGCGGACUUUCACCGUAGAGGCCAAAGCCCUUGCAGACGAACAGAAAAGACUCAACCCAGACUGCUGGAAACGCAAACGAACCAACUCUGGUUGUCAGGGAAAUUAAGGAUGCAGACAAGAAGAGAGAACGACCGACACAGCCUGUAGGAGUACACAACACACACACACACACGCACCGACGCACGCACACACACAUACACACACACACGCACACAGAAAUGACAAAGAACAGAGAGCAUAACCUAAUACACUGCUUUAAUAUUAUCUCUUGUUAACAGCAGACCUUUCUUGAUCUCCCACAGUGAGGAUUUGAUUCAGUUUUUUAAAGAUUCUCACAAAGAGUCAAAAGAGCAACAGUGUCUGUUUGUUUUUAGACAUUUUGAGCUGUCACUUCCCUCUGUAAUGCUUUUAACAGGUGCUAAAUUUAACAUUUUAAAGUGGUUUAAAUCAUUAUCUGUUUAUAGUCAUUAUGACAAGUUAUAAAUCAUUAUAUUUUAAUGCUACAGAGCACCGUAGCGAGAGCAUAUUUUUUCCCAAACAAAAGCAAAAAAAAAAACAAAGCAGGUCAACUAGGUUUUAUUUAUGACUGGAGUUCAUCUCUCCAUAAGUGAUUUUACAGAAAUGUGACAAUUCAAAAAGAGAUUCUGGUCAUUUUCAGUUUCUCAUCAUGAGCUUGAAACAGGUGGAAGUUGUGGUGCUGUAGCAUUUUAGGUAAACUAGAGACUCUAGCUAUUUUACAAAAAUUAUAUAUUAUAUAUAAAGAAAUAUAUAAAGUAUUUUCUUGCCUGUACUACUUGCAUUUGCACUCAGUGUAUUGCACAAGACUAUGUAUUUUAAAGUGAUGGUUCGGAGUAGUUUCACCCUAGGGUCCUUUGCACCAUGACCUC